AUCCAAGGAUGUGUUCUUGAUAACAUAAAUCUUGAUUUAACCGCCUUUCUGACCCUUCCUUUUGAGCCGUUGACUUACCGACCCAACCUUCACGGCAUGCCUGCUCCACAACUUGAAUCAUCACAUCAACCGCUGCGACAAUGGGCACUGGUUUAUGGCAAUCCUCUGCAAGCACUUGUAACAGGAGUUUCCGAGGGCCACUUGACAAUAGGCUUCUAG